AUGCGAACUCCUCAAAAACGCCCUACGCCGCCCAGGGCCGACAAUAGUAAGCAUUGUCUGUAUCACCAGAACAUGGGUCAUGACACCGAAGACUACAUGACACUCAAGGACCGAAUAGAUGGGCUCAUCCAGGCUGGGCACCUGAAACAGUACAUCCGGGCGUAUCGGCACGAAACGGCCCCAGCCGGACACCCUUCCACAUGGGAAAGGAGCCCCAGAACCUUACCCCACAACAAGACCAUGCACGAGCGGACUACCCCUAGAAACGAUCGCCCGAGAUACCAACGCGGGCAGGCCGGAAGACCUAGAAGUCCCGAGAGGGGUAGGGAUAGGAGCAGGAGUCGGAGUAGGAGCCGGGCCGGCGGAAAUGGCGGGCCGUUACAAGGAGUGAUCAACACAAUCUCAAGAGGAUUCACGGGUGGUGGAGUCUCAUCGUCAAUGCAUAAGAGGAGUAUCCGCCACCUACGGUCUAUACAUGCCGUAGAGGUCCCCAGGAGGACGAUGCCCCCCAUCACCUCCGACGAGGACUUUCACGCACCUGACCCAGAACAGGAUGACCCGAUUGUCAUUACAGUCGAGAUUGCGCGAUACGGGGUGAGUAAGGUGUUGGUGGAUCAAGGAAGCUCAGUCAAUAUACUCUACUGGAAGACAUUCCGACAAAUGGACAUCUCGGACGACCUCAUAGUACCAUAUGACGAACAAUUAGUGGGCUUCGCAGGAGAGCGGGUGGACACCAAGGGAUAUCUAGACUUGUGGACGCGUCUGGGAACCGGCCGAGAGGGUGAGGAGAAGAGAGUAAGAUACUUACUAGUGGACGCCAACACGUCCUAUAAUGUGCUGUUGGGACGGCCAUGCCUGAACUCCUUUGGCGCUAUCGUUUCCACCCCCCACUUGGCAAUGAAGUACCCUACCAGCCGGGGUACAAUUUGCACCAUCUGUGCCGAUUAG